CAAAGCGUGGACUAGCCGGCCGCACGGAAGUGGUUUUGUUUCGGUGGCUCCUCACAAUACUGUGUGAGAAAUGAGAGUUAUUAUAUAUUUAAAAUUUAGUUAGCUCUCGUAAACGCGUUUUUACAUUUAACCGAGAAUAUUUUAUUUAUCAUUAAAAUUAUUUUGAUAUUGCCUGAACUAAGCGGAGGAUAGCUAGCUAGCUUGUUAGCUAGCUUGACCAACGCUAGCAGCCAUGCCGCCCUACUCUGAACUGAGGAAAACCAACCACUUCUACUACUUCAUCAAAUUCACCUUAAAUAUCUACUCAAUGCUCUUUUCGCUGAUGGGUCUCUGUGUGCUGUGCGUGGGGGUUUAUGCCGAGGUGGAGAGGCAGAAGAAUCGCACCCUGGAGGGUCUCUUCCUGGCUCCCGCUGUGGUGCUCAUCCUGCUGGGCCUGGUGAUGUUCACCGUGUCCGUGGUGGGCAUGGUGGGAUCCCUCAGGGACAACAAGACCCUGCUGCACAUGUUCCUCUGUGUUCUCUGUGUGUUGCUGCUUCUCCAGGCGGUCGCCCUCACUACGGCCCUCAUCUUUGAAAAGAAGACGUCUGCCUUGUUUCAGAGCAGCAUACGAGAAGGAAUUAAACACUACUAUGAUGACCUGGACUUCAAAAACAUCUUGGAUUACGUGCAACAAAAGUUCUCAUGUUGUGGAGGGGAUGAGUAUAAGGACUGGGGAGUCAACCAGUACCAUUUCUGCAAUGGAACUGGUCCACUAGCCUGCGGGGUUCCAUAUACCUGCUGUGUUCGCCGCAAGGUGGGAGAAGUCAUCAACACUCUGUGUGGUUAUAAGACUCUGGAUCAACAGCGUGAAACCCUGCAUGAGCUGAUCCAUGUACGAGGCUGCAUCCAUGCAGUCAACCUCUGGAUGAGUGACAACAUUGGAAUAACCAUCGCUCUCUGCUGUGCCAUCGGGCUGCCACAGCUGCUGGGCAUCAUCCUGAGCUGCGUCUUCUGGAACCUGCUGGUGGACAUGAGCGAGUCCGCCGACAUGGUCGACUUCAAGCUGAAGAAAGCCGAGUUUGCGUACAGCGACCUGGACCUGGCCGGCGCCGGUUGGUGCAUGUGCCUGCCGAGGGACGGCGGCUACCUGCCCGUUCCCGCCUCCGAGCCCGAACUCGACCCCAUCGACGUCCAUCUGGAGAAGCUGAAGAAGCAGCAGCCUCGCACGCACGCUCAGCUCCGAGAACUGCAGCAGUCCAGAUCGGCAACCGGGCUGGACGAGGUGGACGUCGGCCGCAAGCAGAAAAGGGAACACUGAGAGUCUUUCUGCCCUUUCUUGCCUUUUGGGUUUUUGCCUUUUUUUGGGUCAUUGUAAUCAUUACAUUUGUUGGAGUUGUGUUGCACUACGUGAUGGUUGAACCUCUCAGCUGAAGGGAUCAGAGCUACUUUGGCACUUUGUUGAUGAAUUUGUUUACACAAAAAUGUGAAGGGAACAACCUGCAACAUUGGCUUUUUAAAACAAAUGUUUCUUUUGUCUUGUUUGUGACGGUUGAUAUUCAAGGAUUUUUGCCAUUUUAUCACAUUUAAUUUAAUUUUUUUAGCCUUUGAAACUGAGCGAUGUCUCAUGUGCUAAAGCUUACCUCAGGCUGUUGUGGAAACAGCCCCGUAGUCAGAGGACAGUUACUAUUUGGUGUAUAAAUUAAUGGUAGCUUGAAAAGUUUUUCAGUGUCUGAGAAAUAGGAAUAGCCAAGUAUGUCUUGCGUGUAGCGUCUGUGACGGAUGUGUACAGUUUGUGUAUUAUUUCUUGAUUGAUAUGAUUUGAAUUUGAUUUUGUGCAAUCAGUGUACAUUGUAAGACUGAUAGUUGUGGAAUAACAUGGGAUGCAUGUUUUGUACUGUAUAUGAAGUAAGUUAUAAAAAAAAAAAAAAACAGAACUCAGUUUACAUGUUAGGCUCUCAUAAGGGGGGCUUCAGUCUAUUCCAUUUGUAAAUGAAACUUUUUAUUCCUUCCAUCUUUUAAAGGAAUGAUUAAAGGGAUUAAUCCAGACUACAAAUCCAGUGAAAAGCUAUUCUAUGAGGAUUUUUUGUAUCUGAGUUAUGCACUGUUUUGAGCUUCCCCCUAGCUCCUGCCUUGUAUCAGCACUACUGUUCUUGUCAAUAAAGCUGAAUUUGUCUACUGA